AUGUCGGCGCUGUUCAACUUCCAAUCGUUGCUCCUUGUCAUCCUGCUCAUGAUCUGCACCUGUACAUAUGUACGAGCUGUCGCACCAACACUCAUAGACAGAAAUAAGGAGGGAUUUCUUGGUUUAUUCUUUAUGUCGGCACGUAUCGGGGAACGGCUAUCACCAUAUGUUGCAAGUGCGUUCCUCCCGACCACGGGCGCGCCAUCGUCCCUCGCGUUGCGGUCGCUGUCAGCAAUCCCCUCUUCGGCUAUAGCGUGUGUGCACCAUGUUCGUGCACUCUAG